AGGGUCAGUGGAUGUCAGUGAUGUUGGACAGACUUCAGAGAGCAAAGAACCUUCCUCCUCUCAGAGUGAAGGUAAAGCUGCUGUAUUCUCUGGUAUGUAUGGAAGCCCUGAAAGACCAUGUGUAGUUUUUAUAUUUGAAAAAAAAUCUAUUGUAAGUAAGUUUUAUUUUCUAUGUGAGACACUGUGUCUCUAUUAUAACUGAUACAAAUAUUAUCUGCCCAUUAAAUUGCCGUUAUCAGUCGUUGUAAUGCUGAGUUUGUUUGGCCCAUCAAUCCACCCCAAACCUUAUACUGCACCCUACUGAGUCACUUAUGAGGUAGCGUACUACUCAUACUACCUCACAUCUACACACGUGGACAAAAUUGUUGGUACCCUUCCAUUAAAGAAAGAAAAACCCACAAUGGUCACUGAAAUAACUUGAA